AUGGAGGCCCCCGCGCCGGCGGGCCCGGGCGGGCCGCAGCCGUACGCGCCGGGAGCGGCGGGCGCGCCCCCCAGCCUGCUGUGCAGGAUAAAAGGCAAACUCUUCACCUGGAAUAUUUUGAAGACAAUUGCCCUGGGUCAGCUCUUGUCCUUGUGCAUAUGUGGGACAGCCAUCACCAGCCAGUAUUUGGCAGAAAAAUACAAAGUGAACACCCCCAUGCUUCAGAGCUUUAUCAACUAUUGCCUGCUUUUUCUAGUUUACACAGUGAUGCUCACAUUUCAAUCAGGCAGCGGUAACCUUUUAUACAUCUUGAAAAGAAAAUGGUGGAAGUACAUCCUGCUGGGACUAGCGGAUGUGGAAGCUAAUUACCUAAUUGUCAGAGCGUACCAGUACACGACCCUAACCAGCGUCCAGCUUUUGGAUUGCUUUGGGAUUCCUGUGUUGAUGGCUCUCUCGUGGUUUAUUCUCUAUGCAAGAUACAGAGUCAUCCACUUCGUUGCCGUGGCUGUCUGUCUGCUGGGCGUAGGCACUAUGGUUGGUGCAGACAUAUUAGCAGGGAGGGAGGACAAUUCAGGUAGCGAUGUACUGAUCGGCGACAUCUUGGUCCUCCUGGGGGCUUCCCUCUAUGCCGUUUCUAAUGUGUGUGAAGAAUACAUCGUGAAGAAGCUGAGCAGACAGGAGUUUUUAGGAAUGGUGGGCUUAUUUGGAACACUUAUCAGCGGCAUACAGCUAUUGAUUGUGGAAUAUAAGGAUAUUGCCAGCAUUCACUGGGACUGGAAAAUUGCUCUGCUGUUUGUGGCAUUUGCCCUCUGUAUGUUUUGCCUGUACAGCUUCAUGCCUCUGGUGAUUAGAAUCACGAGUGCCACUUCUGUCAACCUGGGCAUCCUGACCGCGGACCUCUACAGCCUCUUUUUUGGACUCUUUCUGUUUGGCUAUAAGUUUUCAGGGCUCUACAUCCUGUCCUUCACCGUCAUCAUGGUGGGGUUUAUUCUGUACUGCUCCACCCCGACACGCACGGCAGAGCCGGCUGAAAGCAGCGUGCCACCGGUCACCAGCAUUGGUAUCGACAACCUGGCCCUGAAGCUUGAGGAGAACCUCCAGGAGACCCACUCUGCGGUCUUGUAGCUGGAGAAGGAGGCACACUGAGCGCCCGAGGCUUCCUGGGAAACCGGGAGCCCCACCAAGGUAAAGCAGAGCCUCCUGCCUGCUGAAGGGACACUUGGAAAAUUAUCAGACUCAGAGUGAAACUCUACAGCACUGGAUUGGAUCCAGUGGUUCGAUUUUACAAAGGAAGGCAAAAUAAUGUAUCAAGAGUAGAAAUAUCAAAAUAGAGCAGAAGCCAAGGCUAGCAUUGUGUUUCUGUAUGUUUGAGGACCAGUACCUGUUGGUGUCAGACAAGAUGUGGGUUCCACACUGGGGUCUCGCAGGCACAAGUGAGAAAGCAGGUGGGCAGAUACCCAGAUGAGAGCCAGCCUCAGGCCAGGGCCUGAACGCAGGCUGUCCAGGCUGGGCUGGGGGUGGGGUGGAGGGGCAGUCCAUGGUGGUUGGGGAGUGGGUUUCCUCAGUUGGAGCCUUCUGAUUUUUGUCCUGCUGAGGUAGUCAUUGUCCACGGGCCUCACAGCCUUUGGGCCACAGAUGAGGUCUGGUGACUGCAAGUGGCGGGAAAAUGGCUGGGGGAGCACUACCUGAGAUACAAGUGUGAGUACCACAGAAACAUUAAAGUGGACUCCAGGAAACCUAGGAACCCUCUCCUGACGGUUAAAAGAGGCUACUACACUACUUUUACCAAAUAUUUGUAAUGUGCCAUGCGAUUUUUAUGAUACUUCAUCAAUACGAAGUGUUAAUAUGUAGCAUCAUUAUGAUAUCAGCUACUAGUAUGCUGCUUUACAAAACUCUGUACGUAAACUUCUUUUUGUAAAAAAUGUAAUAAAGAAAUUGAGGGUUCAUAUUAUUAAAAGAUUUUGAUUUCAUGGAAAUACA